AGUGAUGAAUGUUGGUUUGCUUGCAUCGUUUUGGUGUUUUCUUUACAGUUAGAUUUUUAGUGUUUUGGAUUUAACUAAAAGGGUUAAAGUGGUAUUUUUUGAUAAAACCAAACCAACCUCUUUUUAUAAGAUAAUGCCGUCCCGCAUAAAUUAAACUAAAACAUUUGUAUCUAACUCGGUAAGUGAUGGGGGGCAAUGGUGAUCGUAGUCGUCGUCGUAGUAAUGACAGGCAUCGAAGUCGCAGCCGAGAGAAGCGCAGGAGCAGCGACCGGGACAGGCAUGAUCGCAGCAGGGAGAGACACAAGGAUGCUGACUCGGAUCGGCGAAGGGACGACUAUAGGAAUAAGGACAGAGAUCGAAGUCGCGAUCGAGACAGGAACAGAAAUCACAGUAGGGAACGCGACAGAAGCUAUACUCGAGAUAAUAGAGGACCAAAUACACAAAAAGAAUUUAGUGGAGGAGGGCUGGGUGGAGGCUUAGGUGGAGGUGGCCCAGGGCCUAUGCCAAAGUCUCGUUACAAGCCUCAAGAAGAAGAGUUUCUGGACGCCAGACGAGAGGAGAGGGAGAGAAUUGGUCAAAUAGGAGUGGCAGCAGUCUGGGGAAAAUCUCCUGUGAGACCUGAUUCUGAUGAAGAAGAAUCAGAAACAAGCAAUGUCAAGAAAGGUAAACAAAAGAAGAAAAGUAAAAAAUCAAAGGAUUCAAAGGAAGACACAAAACAAAAGCUCAAAAAGUUAAAAAAGAAGCUUAAGCAGGUGAAGAAAGCACGCAAGAAAGCAAAGAAGAAGAAGUCCAAGAAUUCCAGCAGCGACUCUAGCUCCAGCAGUGAGGAGGAAAUUUGGGUUGAGAAAGGAAAGGAGCACGAGGUAGAAUCCUCCAAGGUGAAAUCGCAGUCAGAAGCUCAUAAAACGGAGGAGCUAAGCAGCUCGGCCUGCGGGCCGGUGCCUCGCACGGGUCCGUCGCUGGGGCACAAGGACUUCGGUCGCGCGCUGCUGCCGGGCGAGGGCGCCGCGAUGGCCGCCUUCGUGGCCGACGGGAAGAGGAUCCCCCGCCGAGGGGAGAUCGGCCUCACAUCCGAUGAGAUCGCCAGCUACGAGGCCGUCGGAUACGUUAUGAGCGGUAGCAGACACCGUCGCAUGGAGGCGGUGCGUAUCCGCAAAGAGAACCAGAUCUACUCCGCGGACGAAAAACGAGCGCUCGCCGCCUUCAGCAAAGAAGAACGAGCUAAAAGAGAAAACGCCAUCCUCGCGCAGUUCCGAGACGUGCUGACAGCGCGCUAUCAGCGCAAUCACUAGCGGCUCCCUACAAGCGCGCGCUAUCAGCGCAAUCACUAGCGGCUCCCUACAAGCGCG